UCUCGUCGUCGUCGUCCACCACUGCACGACUUGCUCGCCCUUUUCUUUCUCUUCAAAGCAUCAAAUUGCGCGCCCCGGAUGUCGAGCAGCAGCCACGCGGGAGAGGCGCUGCCGUCGUCGAUUGCGGCGCGCGCCUCGCUGGGCGAGAUGCCGUCGAUGGAUGCGCGCUGCACGCCCGCAAAGCACCGCUACGACGCCUGCUUCAAUGCCUGGUUCGAAGAGUACCUCGGCCUCGGCCCCGCUUCUUCGUCGUCGGCGGCGGCUGCAGCGACGGCAACUAAAGCCAAGGCCCGGUCUGGCUUCUUUGGCAGCUUGUCCGACUCGAGCAGCGGCGGCGGCGGCGGCAAGGAUGACGCCUCCAGGGCCACCCUGCGUCAGCGGCUCGAGGGUCAGUGCGGCCCGCUCUGGAAAGAGUACCAGGCCUGCAUCGAGCGCGCCGUCAAGGAAAAGAACCUCGGCGGGCUCAUCGACGAGGCGCGCAUGCACAACCCCUUUCCCUUUCCCCAGCACCGCGACCGGUCCAAGCCCGACAGCCCGCCGUUUCCCUUUCCCUCGGGGUCUCCGGAGAGCAGAUGAACAAUCCCGACCGCACGAUGGAAAAUAAAAUAAUAUUAUCACAAGGGACAUCUUUGUCUUCUGAGUGAGAGUGAAUUGGAG